AUGGCGCUAGAAGACUACGUGCCUCGACAAUGGCAGGUCCUAGCAACCACCCUCCUCCUUGCGAUGCUCCUGCUCCCUCUUCUCUCCAUGUUACUUGUAGCAGCAGCAAGGGCAAGUCCUAACAGCACCGGCACUAGGAACAAGCUCCCUCCGCACCCACCGGGGCUGCCCAUCCUCGGCAACCUGCACCAGAUGGGCGCUCUGCCGCACCGGAGCCUCUGGGAGAUGGCUCAGCGGCACGGGCCUGUGAUGAUGCUGCGCCUGGGGACGGUGCCCACGUUGGUGGUGUCGUCGGCUGGCGCGGCACGCGACGUGCUCAAGACGCACGACGCGGAUUGCUGCAGCCGCCCGGACACGCCAGGGCCCAGGCGGUUGUCGUACCAGCACAAUGACGUGGCCUUCAACCCCUACAGCGAGCAGUGGCGAGAGCGGCGCAAACUCCUGGUCGUCGAGUUCCUCAGCAAGCGCCGCAUCCAGGCCACUUGGUACGCCAGGGAGACUGAGGUGGGUAAACUGGUGAGCGGACUAGCAGUAGCUAGCAUGAAUGAACAGGAACCAGUAUGCCUGGAGGAUCAUGUCUUCGGGUACAUGGACGGCAUCGUCGGCACGGUGGCGUUCGGUAACAUGUACGGCACAGAGCACUUUGCGCACAAGGAGCACUUUCACCACGUGAUUGACGAGGCCAUGGUGGUGAGGUCUAGCUUCUCGGCCGAGGACUACUUCCCCAACACCCUUGGCCGCCUCGUCGACCGCCUCACCGGGGUAGCCUCCCUCCGUGAAAUGGUGUUCAAGGAGUUCGACGCCUUCUUUGAGAUGAUGCUUGGCCAGGCCAAGCCCGACAAUGCUGGCUGUGUCGGCCUCAUCGACGUCCUCAUCCGCCUCAUGAAGGAGCGGCAGCAAGGAUCUUUCACGGUCAGCAGAGACGUCGUCAAGGGGCUACUAACGAACACAUUUAUCGGUGCCGUGGACACCGGCGCGGUGACCAUUAUCUGGGCAAUGGCGGAGCUGGUUCGGAACCCACAUGUGCUGAACAAGGUGCAAAACGAGAUCAGAACUAUGGUGGGCAACAGAGAGAGGGUGCAGCAAGACGAUGUGGCCAAGCUCAAGUAUCUCAAGAUGGUGGUCAUGGAGACGUUGCGCCUGCACCCGGCAUUGCCCCUUCUUGUGCCGAGGGAAACCAUGCGGCACAUCACCGUCUCUGGUUACGAUGUCCCGGCAAAGACGAGGAUCUUGGUGAACGCAUGGGCCAUCGGGAGGGACCCGACAAACUGGGAAAACCCCGAGGAGUUCAUCCCAGAGAGAUUCAAAGGCGAGGAGGAUGUGAACUUCAACCGGGCGCAGUUUGAAUUCCUGCCUUUCGGUGCCGGACGUAGGAUGUGCCCUGGGAUAGACAUGGGGUUAGCCACCACAGAGUUCACCUUAGCAAACUUGCUCUACUGCUUCGACUGGGAGCUCCCGGAGGGGCUGAGGAGUGAGGACAUGAGCAUGGAAGAGGCAGGAGGACUCACCAUCCAUAAGAAGACGCGGCUCUUGCUGGUGCCGACAAGAUACAAGUGUGGUAGCGCUAGCUGA